AUGGCGAUUAAUGAUGAUCACGUCGAAGAUCCUAUGAGAAAUGUGACCUUGCCUCCUAAUCAGGAUCCUGCUAGCAUAUAUUACAUCCAUCCUUCUGAUGCUAACUCUGUGCAGCUUGUUUCAUUCAAAUUCAAUGGUGAAGGCUUCACAGGUUGGAAGAAAUCAAUGCUGCUGGCAUUGUCAGCCAAAAAUAAAUUAGGUUUUUUUGAUGGAAGUAUCUGCAAACCUGAUGCUGGAACUGUUGAGUGUAGAUCAUGGGAAAGGUGCAACAAUUUGGUGUGUUCUUUGAUUCUAGGAAAUCUGAGUGAAAUAAUUGCUAAGAGUGUAAUGUUUUUGAAAUCUGCCAGAGAGGUUUGGUGUAAUCUUGAAGAGAGAUUUGGCUUGGCUUCCAUGGCACAGGUUUACUCUCUAGAACAGAAACUAGUUGAGUUAAUCCAAGGAGAAAAGUUUCUGAGUUUUUCACUGAAAUCAAGUCAAUCUGGGAUGCAAUUGAAGAAGCUCACCCUAUGCCUUACUGUACCUGUAACAAUUGCACCUGCAAUGUCACUAAGAAGUUUUUUCAAAGACAGCAAGAAAAAAUGGUGA